AAAACUAAAUGUUUAAAGAGACGACCACCUCAGCAAAUUUAUUCAAAGUUUGGAUCACUGCCUAUUGUGGCUGAGAAGUCUGCCAGUGCAGGCCAUUCCAGGAAUGCAAGUACCCAAAACUUGCAGACAAUGCAACAUUACAGGCCACAUAUCCUUCAGAAACUGGCUGAAGUUUCUGAACCUAGAUGUCUCUACAAGCCUUCUAAAACAACUUCUCAAUGUGAAGCUGUACCUUCUGACUCAGAAAAGUCCAUUUCCAUUUGUAACAAUUUGUCUGAACUUUUGAUGGCAAUGCAAGAUGAGCUGGACCAAAUGACUAUGGAGUACCAAGACCUGCUGAAUCAAAGGAAAGAAACUGAAAGCCAAUCAGUCUGUGAAAACAUAGAAUGUGAACUAGAACAUUUAGUCAAGAAAAUGGAAAUUAAAGGAGAACAAAUUUCUAAACUAAUGAAGCAUCAAGACAAUGUAAGAAGGCUUUAG